GUUAUGAUGAUAUCAUUCACCCAAGACACACAUGUCAAGCCACAGCGGUGACUAAUCAGGAUAUUUACUAUAGUCUUCUAAAUUUGGUAAGUCCGACUGUAAUCAGCGGCUGUUGAUUUGAUCUUUAAACAAAUGCACUCCAUGGAAGUGACAAAGGGUCAUCUGCAAACAAGAGCCUUCGGUGCUAUACAACUUUGUAAACUUAGAAGCAGAUGUCAGACCAUCACGUCUGUGAAGCAAUCUCUAAAUCGCUGACAGGAUGGAGAAAGUUUGUUUGGACCGUGCAAAUCACUAGCAGUCUCUGACAUUGCAACAAUAAGGGACCUUACUGCACACCAAGCACUGCACUGGAGAAGGUGAGAGAACAGAGUUAUAUAGCCUAAUGUUGGAGACUUUGCAAUGCUAAAUAAGUUUGCAAACUGCACAAGGAUUUUCAUGUACAAGGAGUGACUGUUGCACAUAUUUUUAGAUUGAUUGCAAUCAUUAUGCAUCAUGAGUUAUUUCUUGGCUUUCUGCAAGUCUCAUCGCGGCAUGGUAUUUACUCAGUACCAGGUGCUUAGGUCUCACGGACUUUUAUGUGAUGUGUCUCUAGUAGUGGAUGAACAUGAAUUCCCUGCACACAAGUCACUGCUGGCUUGCUCAAGUGACUACUUUAGGGCAAUGUUUAAAGACUACACUAAGGAGUCCAAGGCUACAGUCAUCCAUCUUAAAGUCAUCUCAGCCACUGGUCUGCAAAACAUUCUGGAUUUUAUAUACACAUCCUGGUUGUCUCUUUCUAUGAACACUUUGGAGGACACAUUGGAAGCUGCAACCUAUCUGCAGGUGACGGACGCAAUACCACUGUGUAGUAAGUUCAUAAUCAAUAGUUGUGACUUGGACAAUUGUUGCUUCUCUGCCAAUAUUGCAUCAAGGUAUUAUCUAUCAGAUGCUUUAGAAAAAACAGAGGAAUACAUCAUCCAUAAUCUUUGGGAGCUAUUACAAGGGGAUAUAGAAGGAUCUGAGCUGCAGGAGUUAAAUGCAAAGUCAAUGAUUAACUUGAUAAAAUCAGAUGAUAUCCCAAAGGUAAAUGAACAACUUCUGUUGGGUUUAGUUCUAAAGUGGUUGCAGUAUGACAGGACCAGGCUCCUACAUGCUAGAGUGCUUUUUGAAAAUGUUCGUUUUGGAUUGUUACCUUUAGAUACUCUCAGGAAACUCUAUAUUCAAUCUACGGUUCCUCUAACACCAUCGAUAAAAAGUAUGAUCAUAAAAGCAAUAAACUAUCAUUCCUUUCCUUCAAAACAACCUCUUUUACAAGACAAGUACAGCACCCAACGCAACCAAAAAGGAUGGAUAGUACUUGUAGGAGGAACUGCUAAUGGGGAGCUAGUGGAAAAUGUUCUAGGAUUUGAUGUCUACACUCAUAAGUGGCAAAUGAUAACAAAUCUAAAGAUGAAAGUUCAGCAUCACUGCACUUGUGUAAUUGGUAACUUUCUAUAUGUACUUGGAGGAGAGACACCUGAAAGUUUGGAUGGUAACUCAAGCAGCACCUGCUUGUCAGCCACAAAUAUCGUUUAUCGCUUUGACCCAAGAUUAAAUCAGUGGAUGCAAGUCAGUGGCAUGCUAGAAAAAAGAGCAGAGUUUUCCUGUUGUGUUGUAGACAAUUACAUAUUUGCUGUUGGUGGCAGAGACAGUCAGCAAUCUAUACAUUCAUCAGCCGAGUUCUAUGACAUCAACAGGGAUACUUGGACAAAGUCUAAGGAGCUGCCUUUCAAAAUACAUGGCCAAGCCAGCGCCGUGCACAAUAAUAUCAUUUACAUAUCAGGGGGUAAGCUUGCUGGCCAAGUGAACAGCAUUAAAGAUGUAUAUUCUUUUAAUAAGUUGGUAGGACAAUGGCGAAAACAAGCUCCUAUGACAAUAGCAAGAUUUGGACACCAGAUGGCUACUGUAAAUAAUGCAAUAUUCACAUUCUUAGGAAUUUAUGAACCAUUUUCCGAUAUAGAAAAAUAUGAUCCAUUGCACAAUCAAUGGACCCGUUUGAGACCAAUGACCUUUGACCGAUUUUGCUAUGGAUUAGUGGUGGUGGAGCAAACUGUGCUUCUUCUCGGAGGCAAAAAAUGGCAGGACUCUCAGGAGGUGGCAACACACAAUAUUGUUGGGUACGAUGCAGAAAAUGACUGCUGGGAAGAAAUUUGCAGUCUGGCUUUUCCUUUUUGUGGCCUAAAGUGUGAUGUUCUCCAGCUGUCUGAGGCAAAUGCAAAAUGACAAUAUGCAAGUCAAACUGCACAAAUUAUAGACAGAGGAAAGGUUGUCUGGAAGUGGACUUCUAAAUAUACUAAUAGCAUGUAAUCCAAUAUGGAGGGAAAAACUGUGCAGUCACUGGUAAUGUAUGUGGAUUUGGGAAAAAAAGGCAUUACUAAUGUAUUAUUAAAACUCUGCAAUUAGUAAGGAGGUUUGGCCAGCAGAAACGCCUGACUUGUUCUUGGGCAGAGGUCAGAAUAAUCCAUACUGUAGCAACCUUCAUAGUCAUGUGUCUAAUACAGACCAGCUUAGUUAGGAAAUCAUUUCCCUGAAUAAUUGUUUAAAACAAUAGGGUAACUUGGAACUGCGGAAUAAAAAGCACAAGUAGGGGAGAUUGUGUAUUGUUGUACAGUUAAUAGGCAUAGACUAGGUAAUUGUAACACAAAAUAAAAAUAGUAUGUGAAACAGAAAAUCAGAGCUAAAGAGAUAUGACUUAUAGUACAUGCAAUACUACUGUAUCCAGGUCACUAGAUACUGCUCCAUGACAACUUCUUGCUUUGUGAUUUCUAGUGCCACUGCUAUGCUUUAUCUUGUAUGUACCCUUUGAGGAAAACAAAAUGGCUCUGAAUGUCUAAUAUUAACAGAGAGGAAACCUGAGUGGAAAUGGUGAUAUAUAUAAUAUUUAUUACAUUUAAAAAAAUAUGUAUAUAUCUAUAAACAUAUUUGUAUAUUCUCUUUUAUUUUGCAUUUCUAAUAUAUAGCUAUUACAGUAACAGUAUUUUGCUUUGUUAUUGUGUUGACUAUAGUAUGUAAACUCAUUGCCAGUACCCAUUGGUGCCCAACAAAUGUGUCAGUGGAAUAUGUCAAGUCGAGGACUGUUUACUGAAGAACGAAACACACCGUGAGCAGAGAAAACAGGUUCACCAGUGAUUACUUCCCCAUGUUGCAGCCUAUUAAACAAGUUUGAUGAUGGUAUGAGAA